GAGAGAGUGAGAGAGAGAGGAGGAAGAAGAGGAGGAAGAAGAGGAGGAGCGAUUCUGUAGCAGCUGUUGUUUGUAGAUAACCGUGAAUUUGUCAGCAGGAUGCAGAAAGUGUGUGAAAGUCUGAGGGUCUGGGCUACUAGCACAGGAAAAUAGCCCCAACAAGUCGUAGUCAAAUAGAGACCCUUGCCACGUCUAUGUUUAGCUGAAAGACACAGCAUAAGAAGGACCGAAAUCCAGGAUAGUAUCCGCUGGACUUGUUGAGUGCACAAGAGUUUUCAGUAGCUCGUCCCAGAGGCUCACCAGUGACAAUGGGCAGCACCUCCCGGGUUAUUUGGGACCACCUGCGGGCUGGCAGUUCGGAAGUGGACUGGUGUGAGGGCAACUAUAACAUUGUCCCGGCCAUUGCGGAGUUUUACAAUACGAUCAGCAACAUACUGUUUUUUGUUUUGCCUCCCAUAUGCAUGUGGUUGUUUCGCCAGUAUGCGUCCUGCUUUAACAGUGGAAUAUACCUUAUAUGGACUCUUCUUGUUGUUGUGGGCAUUGGAUCUGUUUAUUUCCAUGCAACAUUAAGUUUUAUUGGUCAGAUGCUCGAUGAACUGGCGAUCCUCUGGGUUCUGAUGUGUGCUCUUGCAAUGUGGUUUCCAAGAAGGUACCUACCUAGAAUUUUUCGGAAAGACAGGGGACGGUUUAAAACAGCUGUUGGUAUCCUUUCUGGAAUAACCACAUGCCUAGCUUUUGUGAAACCAGCAAUCAAUAAUAUUUCUUUGAUGACACUAGGCAUACCUUGCACAGUACUACUUGUGGCAGAGCUAAAGAGGUGUGACAAUGUGCGUGUAUACAAACUGGGUCUUUUGUCUGGUCUUUGGUGGACAUUGGCUUUGAUGUGUUGGAUCAGUGAUCGUGUUUUCUGUGAAAUCUGGUCAUCGUUUAAUUUUCCAUAUUUGCACUGUGUUUGGCAUCUCUUGAUCUGUCUUGCUGCCUACCUGGGGUGUGUCUGCUUUGCCUACUUUGAUGCUGCAUCGGAAAUUCCGGAACUAGGGCCUGUCAUACGUUUCUGGCCUAAUGAGAAAUGGGCUUUCAUUGGUAUCCCCUACGUCACUCUCCUGUGUGUUCAGAAGAAAUCAUCGGUAAAAAUCACAUAAAUAAAGAAUCAAAGUGGAAAUGCAGAGUAUAGAAGCUGUGAAGUAUUUUAAUAAACCUAAAGUAUUUAACAGUUCAUCCAUACUACUGGUUCAUAGCUGCUACCCAAGUGGAUCUACACGCACCUUUAAAGAUACUGGACUCAGAUAUCAAUGCAAAUGAAUGCACAACCCUCACAGUGUGAUUUGUGAAAACCUUACUGUACAGAAGUGCAUGUGUAAGAAGAAACACUGCAUGGCUGUAGUUAUUCUUCGUCUGACACUGAAGAACUUUAAUAUGGGAUGUGUAAUAUCCCAGAUACAGUGGCAUUUUGUAUUUUCUAUAUAUUUGUCUUUCUUACACAUUUUUUCAUUAUGGAAUUUAGGCUGUUUUUGUUUCUAUACAAAACUGAUUUUAUGCUGCUUUGUUUGCUAUUCAUGGCUGAAUCCUGAAACUCUAAAAAUGCAAGUCACAGAAGCACAACUACUUUCUUAUAGAUUAAAGAUAUUUUUAUUUGGUUUCUUCUUUAGAAAGUCUGGAUUCGUUUUAAUAGAUGGUGCAUGACACUGACAAAAUAAUAGUCCCUAAGCACAGUCACCUACCCCAUUGACAUGUAUUGCGAUUCAUAUAUGGUUCUGCUGCUUUCUAACAAACCACAAAUAACAUUUACAUUUGCCAAAUAUAUUGUGUUGAAAAAGUUAACUGAAAACAAGUUGAUAUGUAAAUUAGGGAGUUCGAAUGGGAUAAAUACACAGAAUGUUAUACAUACUUACAAUACUUAACAGAAUAUUGUACAUACUUACAGUACUUAGCAAGAAAGUCAAAGUAUAAUAGCAGUGUAUUUUUAGGGUGACAAGCCCUUUUAUCCCCCGGUUAAUUUAAUAUAUGUAUUCUAAUUCUAAUGUGCAUAGCUGGCCUUAGGCAUAGGCCAACUAUGCAGCUGCCUAGGGCACUGCUCUAGCAAGGUCACUUUUCCAUGAAUCUGGAUGGUGUAGGUAGACCGGGAUGGGGACACAGGGUGGUGUUAGGGGGUGCUGUGAAGAUCUUUUGCCUAGGGCACCAUUUGACCAAAGGCCGGCCCCGCUGAUGUGUUAAAUUAAAGAAAGGCAAACAUCUGUUUAGACACACAAGAAGCAGGUUUUACACUCAGUUUUGAGUUAGCACAAUCUCAGAGCACAGCCUCCACAAGGUCUGUUUGUAUGUGUGGGGGUGGGGCUUUCACCUCUGCAAAAACUUUCCCUUUUGUGUUGUAAUUUGUAUUUUUUAGUUAACUAAAUAGGGCUGAUGUGCAAAAUUCUUAAUGAAGUGCCUGCUUUAUUAACUGUGUUUCUGUUAUGCUGCUAUGUUUCUAGUCUUCUGAUGCUUUUAUAAGUUAUAGUGCUGUAAUACUGAGAAAAGUGAAGGUGACAAUGUACGUUUGCUGUUCAGAAAUGUAUUAACAUGUGACAGACACUCUGUGCUGUUAAUUAAACUUUAGAACUGUUGUUUCAUA